AUGCCAUCAGACCAUGACAACGAGACACUUCCUGUAUUCCGCCUGAGUCGCCCGAAUGGAAUUAAUAAGAAUCAAGUCAUUGACCUAGCCCACAGCCUAUACGGCAUCUCAGACGACUACACCAGCAAGUAUGUGGAUUCACGUAUCAUCUUGCGCUCCGGUUCACAUGUAGUCGAAGUUGACAAGGUCAGUGGAGGAAUCUGGACCGCUGACGAGGCAAGCCUAUGGAACACUUCAAUUCGACCGGAACUUGUGAGCGAUGAACAUGCCUCUGAAAUUAUCAAUAAUCUUAUCCAUGAACAUAAGUUGCUGCCAAAGUUCGACGAGGACGGACCAUUCCAGUUGGUAUCUGGGAAAAUUGGCGGAACUCUUUUUGGUCAACAAUCAACCGUAAAUGGUAGUCGCAUAACACACAAGCUCGAUACGAGAACUAGCUAUAGAAUAACAGUCAAUCUCCCCAACAAACCUCAUAUUCCAAUUGUUGGCGGUGGGGCAAAGUUCCAAUUCGUUCUUGGAGAAGCGGGUCGCCUUAUCGGAUUUAACGGUCACCAAAAGCUGGUCAACUACACCUCUUCACUCGCAUACUUCUCGGCACCGUCGUCAAGAACGCAGGAAUUCCUCUACCCUGUGUAUGUUUACGACGGCACCUUGAUGGCCAGUGGUAACCAUGUUCCGUUGCGCCAGGUGAUCUUGCCAGCCACACACUUCUCUCCAUUUCCCAAGGAACAAACCCCUCAGCAAUCGCGCUCGCAAAAUAAAACUGAGAAUGAGAAACGCGCAAACAGGCGUAAUAAACUCACAUGCGGUACCGAGUGGAUCGGUAAAUCUGGUGGACUAGUCGGCAGUCAUGACAAUGCUCUGGGCUUCGUGAAUGGUCUCUAUGACGACGGCUGGGACAUCUCUUUCAACUGGGGCGACGUUGCCGCCUUUAAAUCAGACUGGACAACCGACAAUGAUGCAUGGAUAGAUAAUGUUGACUUUGUAUUCUAUACCGGUCAUGCCAACAUGAACGGCUGGAAGCUCGAUGGUAAUAAGAGCUUCCUUACUUUUAACGAAAUUGGCUUGCUCGAUCGAGAUCUCGAAUGGCUGGUCAUCGCUGCUUGCGGCCCGCUUCAAGACGACAUAAUUAGUCCUGGUGGAGGUGAUGUUUUUCGCUGGAAAACUGCCUUCGAAGGUGGACUUCAUCUAUUGCUUGGUUACGGAUCCAUCACCAGUGACAACACUGAAGAAGGCAGAUUACUCACUAAAUAUACCCGUGAAGGCCAAAAAAUCAUCGAUGCCUGGUUCCGUACAGCGCAAGAGGUGCAGCCAUCCGUAAACGGUGCUACUCCACCGAAUGGCCCGGAUGUUUGGGUUGGCGCAAUGUGGGUGUCGAGCCCCAGCAGCGAUCCCAGUCAAGACCAUAUCUGGGAUAGUGGUUCUGUCUCAGCUGACCCCAUUAACUUUAAUUUGAUGAACGCUCUUUGGACAACUUGCUAA